AUGUCUUUUCUCAAGCAUAAAGUGAAUGGGUCCAGGCAUGGUCAACCAGGGGUUCUACAGGGUCUAGGCGGCCCUGGGGCGAUGUCAGGAGGACCAGGGGGGAUCUCCAACCAAGGGACCCCAAUGAAUGCCCCAGGGGGUAUCCAAAACCCUAGGGGUCCUGCUCCCAUGGCAGGGUACAAUCAGAUGGGACCGUCGCAACCUUCCCAGUCUUCUUAUAUGCAGAAUUUACCUACACCCCAACAUCAGCAACGAUUACAGCAGUUACGACAGCAGCAGCAACUGCUGGCAAUGAGACAACAGCAACAGCAACAACAACAAACGCAGCAACAGCAACAGACAGCACAGUUGGUGGCACAGUUACAGCGGCAAUUGACGCAACAACAGCAGCAGAAUCAGCAGCAGCCACAGUACAACUCUUACCAACAACCUCCUCCACAGUAUUGAAUGCAACUGAGGGA